AUGGGGAGUCCAUAUUAUCGGGACAUGGACGAGCCCAUUAGUCCUGCUGGUGGUCAUCAUCGCAGUAGGAGUGCGACUCGUGCACCAACGCACUCGUUAGAGUACCCGCGAACACGAUAUCAAUCGCUCGACAGAGGUUUGGUGGAUCCACAUGACCGUGAAUUUAUACCAAUCCGGGAACCACGUGAUCGAUCCCGUGAUCGAUCAUUAGAAAGAGGAUUAUAUCUAGAAGAAGAAUUAUACGGACGACCACCAAGGCAAGCAUUGCCGGAACGCGGAUACUUAGGAGAUUUGCAAGUACAAAAUGGAGAACUACAGCGUGAGCUUGGUAAUCUAAAAAAAGAACUCGAGCUAACCAAUCAAAAGCUUGGGAGCUCAAUGCACAGUAUCAAAACAUUUUGGUCACCCGAGUUGAAAAAAGAACGAGCACUUCGUAAAGAAGAAAGUGCGAAAUACAGUUUAAUCAAUGAUCAACUAAAAUUGUUAAAUAGUGAAAAUCAGAAACAAGCGAUGCUAGUCCGACAACUUGAGGAGGAACUAAGAUUGCGGAUGAGGGCACCUAAUAUCGAAAUGCAGCAGCAAAUGGAAGCACUGUAUGCUGAAAAUGAACACCUGCAGAGAGAAAUUUCGAUACUGCGAGACACUAUUAAGGAGCUGGAGCUGAGAAUAGAAACACAAAAGCAAACACUUCAAGCAAGGGACGAAAGCAUAAAAAAACUAUUAGAAAUGCUUCAAAGUAAAGGAAUGGGUAAAGAAGAAGAACGGCAGAUGUUCCAACAAAUGCAAGCGCUUGCUCAGAAACAACUGGAUGAAUUUCGACUGGAGAUCACUCGACGGGACCAGGAGAUCAUGGCAAUGGCUGCUAAGAUGAAAACACUUGAAGAGCAACAUCAGGGGCAUCGACUAAGCGCUGCUUAA